CAGGAGGAGACCAGCAGGACAGUCACUCCACAGUAGAACCGUUCCCCGCCGGGGGCUGGAAUGGACCCAGCAGGCCUGAGUGUCAGCAGAAAACUAGUUCAACUCCUUUGACUUCAGCAGAGAUGCAUUUGUGUGCGAGGACUGAAUCUGACCUCUGUUUUUAAGCUAGGGCUUCCAUUUUAAAGGGCAUCAUCCUGCAGCUUUUAUUCAUGGGAGAAGUCCCACUGACAUUCAUUUCCAUUUUCCUCAUCAGUAAGAACUGAAAGAUCAGACUAUACCAACAGGACAGUCUUUUCGGCUAAUCUGGAAUUGUUGACAUAUUUCCAUUUCCAGUUUGUUUAUAACAUAGUUAGAUGGAAUUUAAAAUUGAACACACCUGGGACAGUUUACCAGUGAGUCAUGAGCCAGUAACUGUCAGGCUGAAGUCAGGCAGUGCAGGAUUGCUGAUGGAAGUAAGUGCCCCCUUCUUUAACGAUCCUCCAGCACCACUUGGAGAGCCAGGAAAGCCUUUCAGUGGACUGUGGGACUAUGAGGUUGUAGAAGCAUUCUUCUUGAGUGAGAGAACUAAGCGGUACUUAGAAGUUGAACUCUGUCCCCAUGGACAACAUUUAUUGCUGUUGCUUUCUGGCAGAAGAAGAGUAUCGAAACAAGAACUUCCUUUAACAUUUGAAGUGUCCAGAACAGAGACCAAAUGGGAAGGCAGAGCUCAUCUUCCUUGGAGUUAUUUUCCACCACGCACUGACAAGUUUAAUGCAUUUGCAAUUCAUGGAUCAGAAGCAAAGAGAACGUAUGAAGCACUUUACCCUGUGCCUCAGCAUGAAAUACAGAAAGGACAGAAACCAGAUUUCCAUCGCUUGGAAUUUUUCAAACAACUUAACCUGAAGAUGUUAAUGGGAGAAGAUUGGAAACAGCCUGAAUCAGAUCUGUGGUGUCAGCUGACUAGAUAAAUGAAUAAAAAAAUUUAGAUAUUUGAUAUGAUUCCAGGUAGUUGAAGCUGUAGGAACCAACCUUCUCAGCUAAACUAUGAUAAGAGCUUUAGUAUGCAUUUAUAAAUGUCAUAAAAAUGAGUGUUUGAAAGCCUGUUUAAGCACCAAAAAAGUCAACCUUUUAAAAAGUCAAUUAUCUUCAGCAGUUAUAUCUAAAAAUCAUGGGUCAAUGGGGUAGAGGCCUCUUUUCUAUUAUCUCAUCAAGAUACAGAUGUGGAACUCGCAUGUUCAUGUAAGAUGGAAGUGAGCCCAUUUAAGUCAUUCAGUCUAUGCCCUUGGAUUUGCUAGUGCAGAGAAAAAGAUAUUCUAACUAGGGUUGUACAUUUAGGUUAUAUUUAUUCAGGUUAGAGUUCUUGGAAAAAUCCAGUGUUUGAACUGGGAUAUCUCAGGUUAUACAGUAUAAUCUCAGCAUUUCUCCCUUACAUUGAGAGAGCUUCAAAUAUUUAGAGAGAUUUUUCACUGCUAUAUGAUUUUUCAUAACUGUUGCCAUUGUGAUUCCUGUUACCACUGGUAAUUAAGUGAUAAAUUUGUCCUAUUAACUGAAUCUUGAGCUUUAUUUGCACUCAGUUACAUUACCUGACUUGUAUGUUAUGGAAUACUGAUUCUACGAUGGGGGUUUGUUAUAUUGUAUUUAACAACAAUUAUGACAUAACAGAGUUGCACAAUUAAUAAGGUAACCAAAAUAGAAUAAUUAUUCUUUCCUCAGUGUCUUGUUUUUGGGAGAUGUAUAGAAUUCCUUUAUGUAUACAAUUUUUUUUUUAUUUUUAUUUUUUAGAGCAUAGGUUCUUUGGGAUAUGACCCAUGCUCUCUUGUGUUUGUAUAGUGCCUAGCGCAUAGUGGAGUUCCACCAGUAACAAGUACAGUGAUAACUAACUGCACAUAUACUAUGCAUAUGGAGGCAGUAUGGUCCAGUGGAUAGGGCACCAGACUGGAGUCAGGAAAUUGGGUUUUAAUGUCCACCGUGACAUGCAGCCUACUUCCCUGACAUCCAGUGCUGCUAACCUCAGGCCAGGUCUGUACUUAAAAAUUAGAUCAACGUAGCUACG